AUGCAUCCGAGGCAAGCGGGCGCACCGUACCGUUUCCCAUUAACCGAGUCGCCACACACGGUGCACUGUUCAGAUGACGUGGAUGGGGAUGAGGACAUCGAUGACGUAGAUACAGAUGAUGAUGAGGAUGAUGGUCGUGGAUCCAGAUAUGAAGAUGUUAGCAUCAUAGAUAGGGCUGAAAUCAAGAAUAAGGUUGAGGAGAAUGGAGAAGCAUGCAGAAGAACAAAUAAAUAA